CAAUUAUCUCUGAGUCCUACAGAAGGAAAAUCUGCAAUUUGCCAGUAGUUGUGAGAGAGAGAGGGAGAAAGGCAGGAAGGGAAGGAAAAAGAUUUAACCGGCAAGUGUAAAAAAAAGCCCCUUCUAUCCUACAGAGAGAAUAUUUUAAAGCAAAUCUCAGACCAGAAGAAAAGAAGCUCGUGUGGAGGGAUGAGCCAGGCAAGAUCUGGGGAAGCAUAGGGUCACCGCAGACAACUUUCAUGUCGACCCUGAUCUUUCUGCAGAGGAUCUGAGUUGGCACAGAGGCAGGGUGGGCCAGCUGAAUAUAUCCACUACCCUGCACAAGUAGGUGCUGUUCCUGAAAUUCUCUCCCCACAGCAGAGCCUACAGAGUACAACUGGCAAGAAAAGGCAGUGGGAGUGGGAGAGACUCUGCCUCUCCUUUUCUUGAACUGAGCCUUGAAGAAAAUAGCUCAUUUGCCCAAAGGGAAAAACUGUCACCAGUUCUGAGACUUCUUUAGCCUAUGUCGGUUGCCUGAUCCAGUACCUACAUCCAUGGGGGAACGCCCUCUGGAGCCCUGCAGUCCUUCCCAAUCGUGCUAAGUUCUUGGAAAAUACUGGAGAAGAACUGAGCCCAAAACAAGCAACACAGGAUCCACAGAACAACAGCCCUUUACAACAGCACCCACCUCUGAUUACAAUUAUCAGCUUCAUCAGACUGCACCGACACCCAGAACUGCUUCUCCUAGGAAAGAGAGGACCAAGCAAUGAUGAAGACUAUGUCUGGUGGAAAUUGCAACCUGAAUGUGCCAGCCAAGAACUCGUACCGCAUGGUGGUGCUGGGAGCCUCCAGGGUGGGGAAAAGCUCCAUUGUCUCACGCUUCCUCAAUGGCCGCUUUGAGGAUCAGUACACUCCCACAAUCGAGGAUUUUCAUCGCAAGGUCUACAACAUACGGGGGGACAUGUAUCAGCUGGACAUCCUGGACACCUCUGGGAAUCACCCGUUCCCUGCCAUGAGGAGGCUUUCCAUCCUAACAGGGGAUGUUUUCAUCCUGGUGUUCAGUCUGGAUAACAGAGAAUCCUUUGAUGAGGUCAAGCGACUCCAGAAACAGAUUCUUGAGGUCAAAUCCUGUCUGAAGAACAAGACCAAGGAAUCAGCUGACCUCCCCAUGGUGAUCUGUGGCAACAAAAAUGACCACAGUGAAAUCUUCCGCAAGGUACGUACUGAUGAAGGUGAGAAUCUUGUCUCCAGUGAUGAAAACUGUGCUUACUUCGAAGUGUCAGCCAAGAAGAACACCAAUGUGGAUGAGAUGUUUUAUGUCCUCUUCAGCAUGGCCAAGCUACCUCAUGAGAUGAGCCCUUCCCUCCACAGGAAAAUCUCCAUCCAGUAUGGUGACACUUUCCAACAGAAAUCCUUCCGGAUGCGCCGAGUCAAGGACAUGGAUGCCUAUGGCAUGAUCUCUCCCUUCGCUCGCCGGCCAAGUGUCAACAGUGACCUGAAGUAUAUCAAAUCAAAAGUACUCAGGGAAGGUCAGUCCAGGGAGAGAGAGAAAUGCACAGUCCAGUGAAGGAGGCUUGCACUUCUGUCUGAAGACAACAUCCGCAUGCAGUGCCUUAAAGAAAAGAUGGUCUGUGGAAGCAAAGAACAGGCUCGUGGGGCUUAUUGAGAAAACCCAACAUGGAGAAAGGAUAACUUCCUGUGGAUUCUGCUGAGUCACAAAUGUAAAUAACAUCAUCCUUGAAGAUGACUGGGAAUAAUCAUAUACCUGAGAUACAAGUGCAUUUUUUUUGUCUUUGUAAUGUAAUUCCUCUUCAUUCCCCUUUUUGUUUGAAAAGUACAGUCCUGAGAAGUAAAGACAUUUCAACCUUAUCAUUACAAAGAAAAAAGAUCAAAAAUGCACUGAAGAUAUUAAGUCACCCAGCAUGCAGCUCUUGCUAAGAGAGAGGAGGUUAUGUGUGUAUGUGUGUGUCUGUAUGCCCAUAUGCACUUGUGCAUGCAUGUGUGGAGCUCUCCUUUUAACAAGUGGGACUUGCAUUUCAAAGGGCAGCAGUCUUAACUGAGCAUUCCCAGAUUGGAAGUGGACUCUAUAUUUUGAUGCAUGAGUUUCAUUCACUUCUGAGGGCACCUGCAUUAAGAACUUGAUUUUAUGUUUAUUGGGACAGUUACCUUUUGACAUUGAUAUGAAUGUUGUUUUGUAUUGUAGAUUUUAUUUGGGAUUAGUUUUUUUUUUAUUGUCUGGAGGUGGGUUUUUAGCAAAAUCAGAUGGUAAGUGUGUUUGAUAUUAAACAGUGUCUGCUUUCUACCAGUAAAA